AUAGAAGUUGUGAUUGUUGUUGGUGAUUGAGAGAAGUGAUGUUCAAUGAAUUAGCCUUGCUCAAGACAUUAUAGUUGAUCUUUUUUUAGCUGCAUUCUUACAAGGCUUAAAUUAAGACGACCGUUUGUUUUUAUGAUUAGAAAGUUUGGCCACACCACACUAGGUAUUUGUGACCAAAGUAAUGAGAUUUUAAAUACCAGAACCAUCAACUUAUAUAAAAAUAAAAUUUUGGAAGAAUAAAUAAAUAAAUUUCACGAACAUAUCACGAUGACGACUGAGAAAUUAUUAGCAGUGGGCGAUAUUGGAAGUUCCAUGCAACGUUUUGGAUGGGUAGAUUACGUAACCUUCAUUGGAAUGCUAGGAAUAAGCCUUGUAGUAGGUAUUUAUUUCGGAGUAUGCAAGAAAUCAGAGACAGCACAGGACUAUUUGGUUGCUAGUCGAUCUAUGGGCAUAAUUCCAAUAGCUAUGUCAUUGUUAGCUAGCUCAGUUAGUGGUAUAUCGCUUUUAGGAAUUCCCACAGAAGUGUAUGUUUAUGGAAUCCAGUACAAUUAUAUUUUAGGAGGCUUCGUUAUUGCGUCAAUUUUGAUGGGAUACAUCUUCUUACCUGUUUUUCAAGGUCUACAAUUGACUUCAACUUAUGAGUAUCAUGAAAGGAGAUUUAGUAAAGGUGUCAGAUUAUUUGGUUCAUUACUAUUCAGUAUUAAGAUGCUGUCUUGGCUGCCACUAGUGAUAUAUGUGCCAGCUCUCGCAUUAAACCAAGUGUCUGGAAUAAAUGUCCAUUUUAUAACACCAACUGUUUGUGCCUUUUGUGUGUUUUAUACUUCGUUGGGUGGUUUGAAAGGAGUAGUUUGGACUGACGUAAUUCAGUUAAUACUGAUGUUUGCAGCUCUAAUAUUGGUGGUUAUCAAAGGUACAUUAGAUGUAGGUGGAUUUGGAAACGUAUUUAAAAGAAAUUGGGACAGUGAUAGAAUUGAAGGUCCGAAUUUUGAUUUAGAUCCCUUAUCAAGACAUACAAUAUGGACUUUGGUUAUUGGAGGAACGUUUUUGGCGGUACAGACAUCAGGAGUCAACCAAAAUAUGAUUCAAAGAUACCUGUCAUUACCAUCGUUGAAGCAUUCUAGAAGAGCCUUGGCAGUUUUUAUAUUUGGAUUGUUCUUAAUAGUGGGUUUCUCUUCAUAUUGUGGAAUGUUAAUCUACGCUACAUACUACCAAUGCGAUCCUUUAACUACCAAGUUGGCAAAAAAGAAGGAUCAACUAUUACCACUUUUAGUAAUGCAGAUCCUAGGGGACUUCCCAGGAAUUCCUGGUAUAUUUGUUGCUGGGAUUUUCAGUGCGGCUCUUAGCUCAUUAUCAACAGGAUUAAACGCGAUGGCGGCCAUAGUUUUAGAAGACUUUUAUAAGCCAUUCAUCAAUAGAAACAUAUCUGAAAAACAAAGUUUCUAUCUAAUGAAAUCUACUGUUAUUAUCACUGGAGCUGUCUGCAUUGGACUGGUAUUUCUUGUGGAGAAAAUGGGAACUGUUCUACAGCUUUCAAUGAGCAUUGGCUCGAUUGGUAAUGGACCUUCACUAGGAGUAUCAGCAAUGGGAAUUCUUCUCCCAUGGAUUAACUCAAAGGGAGCAUUAUCGGGAGGUAUCAUUUCUCUUGUUUUUAUGACUUGGUACUGUCUAAAGACGCAGAGUUUGAUUGCUUCUGGAGGACUAAAAUUUGAGGAAAAACCAGUGUCUACAGAAGGUUGUCAUUAUCAUUUUACUCCUACAGUUAUUAAACUUAACAACAUAACUCAUACUGAUGAACAGUACAUGAUCUACAGGCUCUCCUAUUUAUACUACUGCAUGAUAGGAACUUUUGUGGCAAUGUUUGUUGGCCUCAUCGUGAGCGCGCUAACCACACCGAAUGAUCCAAGGGAUGUCGAUCCACAGCUUUUGGCACCGUUUGUUAGGAAAUUAAUAAAGCCUAGAAAAUAUUCGAAUCAACCCUAUGAUGGCAUUACGUACGCCUAUGGAUCUCCGAUAAAUGGAAUGGACAAUGAGAAGAAAGAAAUUAUGGAAGACAAAGUAUGAUGACAUUAUUUAAGUGAAUUGUACAUCUUUGUUGUUAAUUAUGUAUCUUUUUGUAAAUAAAGUUUUUUUAAUAUUU